AUGACGACAACGGUCGAGCCGGCCCAUCUACGCGUUCAGGCAAAUACCGAAUGCACCGUCAACAUGCUUGAGGGAGAACUCACCUCUCUCCGCUUGGUCAUGCACCAACCACACUACGGUACCUCCAACUCCAAGGCGGCCGAUGAGGAAAGCAAAGGCUCAGCGAUGCCUACCGAAACCAACUCGAUCGCGGGAACGAAUAGGAUGAAACUGCGCGACGGCCUGUUCGGUAGGACUUGGGGCUAUCACGCGGUGUUUCUAAUCUUACACUUGAUCUGGCUCAUCACACCGUUCAGCUUCGUUUGGAUCGGAGCUUUCGUCUACCUCUCAGAACGGGAUCAAGCGGUCAGUAUUCCGCUGGCUGUCCUCACUGGCUUUGCGGUCGCCGAGGCCACGUUUGCCAUAUAUCAGCGAUAUCGGAUCUGGCGAGUCAAGCGGUACGUGUCGGUAUCGGUGAUUGCCCCAGCGGACAGAGAGGCGAUCUGCUACGAUCUCUUUCACUCUGAUCUACGAACGAUCGAAGCAGAGCCGGUAGGGAGCGGAACUUUGGAGCUCACAGUCGACGACGAGACCGAGGGAUUUGAGGCAAGCCUGGGGAGGCCGCCGAUCAGUAGGAAAGGGAGUACGGCGAGCUCAGAGCAGACCCGUGCCAUGGCUUUCAGGCAGAGAUAUAGUAUCUGGUUCCACAACGCCCCUUGGGAAGACAUACACCAGGAGGACGUCCUCACCUUGCUGUCUUGGCUUCUAUUCUCACUCCCACAAGAAACGGCCAAGCACGACACCACCUCGGCGACACUCCUACAGAAAGCUUACCGGAUAUUCCAGAGCCGAUCAGCAACGACCUUCCCACCUGGCCGCAAUCCAUCAGUCAAGAUUUCUUGCCUCUCCCUUGACCCUCUCAAUGCGGCACCGCGCCCACUCAUGUUCUACGUCAUCGGCAACUCACUCAACUACCUCAUACGCACUUGUGUACUUCCUUCAUUGGGCAUGACGCAUCAUAUCGAGGGUGACGUCGAGUAUAUGAUCCGCAUACCUCGAGGCUGGACAUCUGAGAGAGGCCGUACUGACCCAAAUGCGACGCCGGUCAUGUACCUCCAUGGACUCGGCUUUGGGCUGAUCCAGAAUCUCCAGGUUCUGAGACCGAUCCUGGAGACGCUCAAGACGCACCCUGUCAUCUUUCCGAUUGCGCACCAUACAGCCCAGGCUGUUUGCCACCGGAACUAUCUCAAGCCAUGGACGAGGUCUCAGUUCGUGAGGGACAUCAGGACGAUCUGCGAGAAAUGGGGGUUCUGUCCGGAGUCAGUGGCGGAACCAGAUGAGGAGAAGACAGGUAGAGUAUAUGGUGGGCUGAGCGUCAUCAGCCAUAGCAACGGGAGUGUGCAUCACGGGUGGCUCAUCAAGGACUGCCCUCAGCUCAUACGUCGUCACUUGUUCGCCGAUCCGAUCAUCUUCUGCCUAGACGAGGGGUUCACCUGUCACGCCUUCUGCUAUCGCAAGCCAACCACACCUUUCCAUCUCCUCUUACAAUGCCUGAUCUCUUCCGAACUCGGAAUCUCCAAUUACAUCCAGCGUCACUUCCACUGGUCCGACAACUGCCUCUACAUCGACGAUCACCCGGAGCUGCUCGACCCAUCGGUGGCGCAGUUUUUCUUGGGAAAGAAAGACGUCAUCGUGGAUGCGCCGAGGGUCAGGGAGUAUCUCGAGAGUUACGGGGCAAGCCUUGGAGCCAAUAUCAAUUGGAAUGAGGAGGCGGGACACGGGAAGGCGCUGAAGAAGCAGAGUCUGGCGAGGGCUUUGACAUUUGCCGGGACGGGCGUUAUGCCUCCUCUAUAG